AUGGAAGAACAUACUCGUGUCGACAUUCCAGCGGAUGCCAAUCGCCGAGUCAGACGACUGUUCGACCUCCGUGUUCUUCCCAUUGUCUGUUGUCUCUACGUCUUAUCCUACCUUGACCGAGGAAAUAUUGGAAAUGCGAAAACUGCAGGCGCCCAAGAUGCGCUUGGCCUUAGCUCUUCGCAGUGGGCUUGGGUAUUAAAUUCGUUUUAUAUCGCCUACAUUCUUUUCGAAUGGACUACUAUGUUCUGGAAGAUCUUCCCUGCGCAUAUCUAUGUUGCAGUCCUCUGUCUGGGCUGGGGAGCUGCUGCCAUGAGCUCUGGUGCAGCUCGAAAUAUGGCAGAAUUGGUUAUUACCCGCGUUUUUCUGGGCAUAUUUGAGGCAACCUUUGGUGCCGGCGCUCCUUAUUUCCUAUCCUGCAUAUAUAAACGAGAAGAGCUUGGACUCCGCAUGGCUAUUUUGCUGGGAAUGUCUCCCCUUGCUAAUACCUUUGCUUCGACUUUAGCAUAUGGUAUUACACACAUUCGCAAUUCUCUGGAACCGUGGAGGCUUUUGUUCAUCAUUGAGGGAGCGCCGACUAUCGCUUUUUCUGCCAUUGUUUACUUCUUCCUUAUCGAUUCUCCCGCGACCGCCAAAUUCCUCACCGAACAGGAGAAAACCUUCGCCGUCGAACGUCUACAAGUCCGCGAUAAUACAUCGAACCAGGCGGUUAGUUGGAAGCAGAUCAUUGCUGGAGUAUUUGACUACAAAAACUACAUGCAUGCUGCUAUACACUUCUGUUGCAAUUUCUCCUUUGCUGCCUUAUCCAACUUUUUGCCUACUAUUAUACAUAGUAUAGGUUAUGACUCGGUUACUGCACAAGGGCUGUCAGCACCUGUCUAUUUUGCUGCAUUUCUUCUUUGUCUUACGUCUGCCUUUUUCUCCGAUAAAUACGGUAACCGUGGAUUUAUUGUUGCUGGCUUUGGUGGACUGGGAGCUAUUGGCUAUGGUAUUCUGGCUGGUGUCCGGGAUUCGACAGGAGCCAGAUAUGCUGGAGUGUGGCUUGCAGCCUGCGGCAUCUUCCCAGCUCUGGCUAUGAACAUCACCUGGCUGCUCAAUAAUCAAGGAGGAGACUCCAAAAAGGGAGCAGGUCUAGCCAUCUCACUCAUCAUCGGACAAUGCUCAUCUCUUAUCAGCAGCACUGUGUUCCCCAAAUCAGCUGGGCCCUUCUAUGUAGUGGGAUGCGCUAUCGGUUGCGGUAUGAGUGGGCUCAUUGUUUUCCUUGCCUUGAUUAUGCAUUUCUUGUUGUCAAGGGAGAAUAGAAAAAGGGAUAAACUUUAUGGACCUGUCGAUAGUAAUCAGGCAGUAGAUGUCUCACAGCAGGGAGACUAUGCCAGAAACUUCAGAUACUUCACCUAG